GAAAGUUAAACCUUUGUUGCAAAAUGGCGACUACCAAAAUGUUUAAUUUAGGACAGUGACAGUUAGCUAUUGUUUACUGUCACAUUUAGGACUUGAUUGGUUAUGACUAAUAUACUCUAAGAGUUACACUAUAUUCUAUUUUUGUUUUGUGUUUGUGUUUUUAAUGAUAUUAUUAUGCACAAAAGAAACAAAAUUUGCCCUGUGUUAUGGCAAUGGAAAGAAAUUCAUGUCAGCAACCGAAGCAGUAUGAUUAUUUGUUAAAAUUUUUAUUAGUGGGAGAUAGUGACGUUGGAAAACAAGAAAUUUUAUGUGGUCUAGAGGAUGGUUCAUCUGAAUCACCCUUUUGUAGUGGAAGUGCUUAUAAAACCACAACAAUAUUACUAGAAGGUAAGAGAGUUAAACUUCAACUAUGGGAUACAUCAGGUCAAGGAAGGUUCUGUACAAUUAUUAGAUCCUAUUCAAGAGGUGCUCAAGGCAUACUUCUUGUUUAUGACAUUACCAACAAAUGGUCUUUCGAUGGGAUUGAUCGAUGGUUAAAAGAAGUAGAGGAGCAUGCUCCUGGUGUACCUAAAGUACUUGUUGGUAAUCGAUUGCAUUUAGCAUUCAAACGGCAAGUUGGAACCCGGGAAGCAGAAAUGUAUGCUGCUAAAAACAGCAUGGCUUUUUUUGAAGUAAGCCCGUUAUGUGAUUUUAAUAUAACAGAAAGCUUUUCUGAACUGUCUAGAAGAGCUCUUCAUAGAAAUGGAAUGGAAAGGCUUUGGAGAUCAAAUAAAGUAUUGUCUCUGCAAGAACUGUGUUGUAGAGCAAUAGUUGCGAAAACUACAGUUUAUGGAAUUGAGCAGCUUCCAUUGCCUAUCUGUAUAAAGUCCCAUUUAAAAUCAUACGCCAUGACAAGAUCAACUACAUUGCCAUCAAGCGGAAAGAAGCGUAAUACUUCAUCUGCUCUCUCAUCACCGGCUGCUACGCUCCCAGCAACUCGACCUCCAUCAGCUCCUCGUAACUCUUGUAUUAUUGCAUAAUCCCUUUGUUGUAAUAUACUAAUAUAACUUUCAUCUUAUACUGCAGAAGUGAUUUUCAUAAAUUAAAAAUAUUCCAUCAUAUUUUAUGUUUUGCCAUUUAUUAUAAUCAGAAAUAGUAUUUGAAUGUUAUAAAUUCAGUAGAGUCCCACUAAUCUGGACUAAAUGUUAAAUAGCUGCAAAUGCAAGUCAUAAAAUAUUUUGAUGAUUUUUUUUUUCUUAUUAGUAUUCUUAACCUUUCAUUCUUAAUACUAUGAUAUGUAUAUAUAUAUCUACAUUUUUGCCCUGCAAACUGAUAUAGCCUUUUUGUGAUUUAAACUAAAAAUUUAUUAUUGCACUUUACAACACAAAACCCGGAUACAUUAAUGUUGUAUUGGAAGAAUUAUGAAUUUUAAAAACAAAAUAGAAGUAUUGGUAAAAAUACAAAUGUGUAAAUUGAGUGUUCCGUGAUUCACCGAUACACGUUACUAUUGUGUUGUAACAUAGACGAAACAGUUUUUUAAUUUUUUCCAUUUAAGUCAAAGCCUUUUCUCAAAUUAUUUUGUUGCCGUUUGCAAAAUAAAAGUCUUAAUUAGUUUAUAACUUGAAAAUACCGACCAAUCAUCUUUGUCUCUCUAAAAUACAGACAAAGAAUAAAAUAACAUGUAAACGUUUCACUAAUUCAGGCAUCACCUGGACAGAAAAGAAAACAAAUUCAAGAUCACAUCACUGUUUGACAUCCAAUGGCAUACUGAUCAAAAUAUCAUGAAUGUUUACGGGUUAUUUUAUUUUUUGACUGGAUUUCAGUGACAUAAGGCUGUUUGGUUGGAAUUUUCCAAUUAUAAACUAACAGCUCUGUCUCUUCGUAAGUGUUUACUCAUUUACAUUGAAUUAAUUUUUAACUUUUUUUCCUUUUUUUUUUGUAAUCCUGUCCGGAUUAUUAUGACCCUACUGUAAUUUAGGGGGAGAAAAAAAAAAUUCUACUUGUUACUAAUGUUAUUCUGAUAUUUUAUAUGAUUUAGUUAGUUAUUAUUUAGGUGAAUUCAAAAUAUUAAAUAUUCUGAUUAUUAUUCAAUAAAUAAGCUUUUAAAAUAAUUGUCUAAUAAUAUCAGAAUUAAUAUACUCUCUUACAGGUUUCAUUGUAUUUUAUUCCAUUAAUUUCUUAUAAUGAAUAUAUAAAAAUUGUUGAUCAGUUUAUUGUUUUUAAUUAACAUUUAUGCCUGUAAAAUCUGUCGAUCUAUACAAACAAAUUUAGAAGAUAUUUAAAUUACCAUUGUUAAGCAUAAUAAGUCAUCAGAAUAUUUUUAUAAUAUUGCAAGUUCAAAUAUCUUAUCCAUUAUACUGUAUAUUUAUUAAUGGCAAAUAGACUUAAAGAGAUUUCCUAAGAUUAGUCCAAUAUUAUAAUCUAAUCAAAUAAUAUUACUAAAGUGAUUAAAGAAUGUUCCCCAUAGAAGUUCUCUUAAUGUUACUAAUUUGUGACAUUGAUUGAUAGUUUUAUUAUAAAUAUGACUCAUAAAAUUUAAUUUUAUCUUAGUGUCACUAAAAAUCAUUUGUUUUGAUUUUUAGUAAUAUUUACUCAAAUAGUAUUUUUACCCAAAUAGUAAACUACUUUUUCAUUAUUGAUUACGUUAGAUUUAUAUUUUUUAGUAUCAAUUUUUUUUUUUUUAAUAACAGGUUCUAUGCCAUAUAAGUUACAUUAAUAAGUUAAAUUGUAAUAUGUUUUAUUCUUGUGUGUAAUGUCAGUACAGAAACAGAUUCUAUGAGUAAGAAAGAGUGAGCAAAGAAAAUUAGGAAACAAAUAAUCGUCAACAUCCCAAUAAAUUGUAAAUAAUGUACAUAAAUUCUUGAGUGUAAUUGUAAACGAUUUUGCCCUAUGAAUAUUUAUUUUUAUAAGUCCUAUAAUGUCCAGUAUUAAUUAGUAUGGUGAUUUUAAUACACCUGAUUUUUUUAAAUGUUUGAUAUGAUUUAUAGACUGGGGGUUGGAAUCGUUCUGGGCUAAGCAUAGCUUAGUUUAUAAAGAUCAAACUGCUUUGGUACUAAGUCGCUUUUUGUAAAUUAUUAUUAAACUCCAGUAUAAUUUUUGAAUCUUUUGAUUAUAAAUUAUUUAUUACGAGUAUUUUAUAGUGAAUUCUGUGUUUUAGAUGAUCUUUGUGUUUUUUUUAAAUUCUGUUAUUCGGAAGUUUGUGUUUUGUAGUAAUAUUCAAUCAUUCAGACAGUAUUCGACAGAAAAGAACCAAGUUUUGAAUAACCCUAAAGUAAAAGUAUUAAAAAAAUCUGCAAAUUUUCAAAUACGUAUUUUUUUUUUUUCCACAAACUUAAUUUUAUUCUAUACUUUAUUCACUUCAAAUUUCUGAUUUUUUAAAAAUAAAAAUAUUAAGCCCCAUUCACAGCCAGCCACCUUUAUCUCAUUUUUAUUUAUUUAAUGGAUUGGUUUGUUGUUUAAUGCUGUCCAUUUAUUAGUCUCUUUAUUGCCAUAUUGCAUCUGUUGUGUUAUUAUUAAUUGAAUAAAUUAUUAUGUCUAUUACUUUUUGAAUAUUUAUAUUAUUUUAUGACAUUAGUUGAUUUAUGUAUUGAAACCCAAGAAUGAAGUUUUUUUUUUCAUAAAAAGUGCUAAAUCAAAUUGCCAUUUUAAAAAAAAAUGUUUUCUUCAUUAAUUAGUUUGUCAGUACAUAUCCUGAUCGAAAAUCGGCUUUUAAUCGACUCAUUAAUUUUCUCUUGGAGUCAUUCCUGCUUCCCAAUGCUGUUUAUUUAUGUUACUGUUUAUUAAGUAUUCAUGUAAAUCUCAUGAAUGGGAAAACAUAACUUAAGUGUAAAAAGAGGGCUAACUUACUUAUUUGAGCUUCACAGGUUUAAGUAGUGGUGUGCCUAGGUAAUAGUAUGUCCUGGUUCCACCAACAGGGGACUUUAGCUCUUUUUUUUUUUUUUUUAUCAAAUAACUUUAUUGAAAAAAAAAUACAUAGAUUUUUUUUUAAUUAGACAAGAACGUAAAUGUGUUGUUUUUGUAUGGAGCUUCAAAAAUCAACUCGCCGUGGACCCCAGAUGGUCUAGGUAUGCCACAUGCCACUGUGUUCAGCAAUAUAUCUUGUUUUAUCAUAAGAUCACAUUUUUAUCAAAUAAGAAUUAUGUGUGAAUAAUUGACUGGAGUAGUUUCAUUUUUUCGGAUAACUAUAAAAUCAUAAGAUGAUCUGAGCUUAAUCUAAUAUAGACCUUUUUUAAGUCGCCUUUAUUUUAGAUGUUUUUGUAUUUUAAUCUUGAUAAUUUAAGAAAUUAUAAAUUGGUUACAAGUUGCCGUCCGUUUUUCUGUACUGAUAAAGAUGUUUUCAGUAUAUUUUUGUCUUUUAUUUCUCGGUUUAUUCACAUUAUUUAGGAUGGUAUGAUAUGAUUAUUAAUUGGAUGUUAUUGUAUUGCAAGCAUCUAGUGUGAUGGAUACUGGUCACUAUGUAAAUAUUUUUAUUUUCCUUCAUCGUAUUUCCAAAUAUAAAUUUAUUUUGUUUUGGUCCAUACAGAUGUGAUGCUUAUUACAAGACUGUAAUUUUUUAAAAUGUAAAUAAUUGAAAAAAAUAAAUGCAAUACAUGGAGUUGUGAAAUUUAAAAAGAAUAAUUUUCAUGAGCAUAGUUUUAUUAGUUAUUGUUUUAAUUUUUUUGUUUUUCUUUAUUUUCUAUGAAUUAAAUUUAUGUAUCGGUACGAUUAAAUUCAUUGUGUAUUUUUUUCUUUUCUUUAAUAUUUGUUGUUACUAAUUGUGAACUUGAGUUUAUUGUUUAUGUUAGCAUUAUUUAUUUUUAGUCCUGUUGAUGUGAUUUAUAUUUGUAAGCUUUGUAUUUUACUCUGCAUUACUAAUGCAUGAAGUAUUAAAUACAUUAUUUCCUACGAUUUGUUAAACAUUUUUUGUUCAAUAAAUUAUAUUAUUACUUAUCUUUACUGCAUCAUACCAUUUUAAAAUUCCAAAGUAUUUCUCUGAAAUUGUUGUCUUUAACCCUUUUUAGCAUACAGUUAAUCUUUAUAUAUUAUUUUUCAAAGGUGUUUUUUUGUCAGAUUGCCAUAUCUUGGUCAGUUCUUCAACAAAUCCAAUGAUUGAGGCCUCAUUUUGAACAUCUCCAGGUGGGAGAUUAUUGGCAAAAGUAAUCGAAAUUUCAGGAAAAAAACGUUUAUUUGUGAAUACCUCAAAACCUAUACACUUUUUUGUUGAUUGCACUCAUGAUUAUUUGAAAGAUUACUAAAUUCCCAACAAAAUAAAAAAGAAUUAUCGAAAUUGAAUGGAAAUCUGUACAGGCCGAAGGGGAGCAAGUGGGCUCAAAUAUAUUUUUAAUGAGAAACAGAGUUGAGAUUUGCAUUUCACACCUUUAAAAACACUCAGAUACAAAUUUUGAUAGCAAUAAAAACAAUUUUUUUUUUUAUCAAAUUAAAUUAGAGCUUUUUUUUUGAAAAUUACAAAAAAUUUGUCAACUUCAACUUCAAUAUGCUUCCACCCAUCCACACGAAAAUUAGCAGGAAUUUUGGGCCACAUAUACUACAAUAAAUGACACAAAAAAAAAAACUAGUACUACUACAACCCAUGAAGGGUCUUGGGGUUGAGUACUAUUUAGGAAAAGCACUGUUUCUUAGUGAACAGUUGUGCAAGGAGGUGAUUUGACUGAGAUCACGCUUGACCACCAGUUUUUCUCCCUUAAUCAAUUAUUUAAUUUAGGGUACCCACUUUAUAGAGGCUAGCUGUGCCCUAGGAGAGUCUCACGGCCAAUGGAACAGAAUAAAUAAAUUUUCUGCCCUGAGCCGGGACUCGAACCUAGGAUCUUCAGCAUAGAUAGCUCAGUACCUUACCACUGAGCUACACCUCUCCCCUAAUAGAGGAUUUAUUCCUUAUAGAGAUGGUAAAUUAAAAAGUUAUUUAUAUGAUUUCGAAGAGCAAUAAUUCACCUUCCAAUUGUUACAGUAACAUUGAAUUGAAAAUACUGAGGAGUUUAUAAGUUUUAGUGGACGGUAGGAUAAAAAAUUCUAAUAAAAAGUAAAAUGGUUACUAUCGUGACCAGCUAAACACAGAACUAUAUCUUUAUUAUUUCUCAAAGAUUUUUUUUUUUUUUUUGUUGCUACGCCAUAUUUUAUUCAAUUAUUCAUCGAAUCCAAUGAUUGAGCACUCACUUUGAGCAACUUCCUUCUUUUUUUUUUGGUUCCUCACCUUUAAGGCUAAACGGGGUUUUCCCGGGCAAGGGGAUGUGGGCAUGGAUUUAAAAAAUCCCCCGGCACCGAGACUCGAACUCAUGACUAUUUUUUAUCAUUUGUCCCACAUAUCAGGUUGCCGGACAACGGUGGUGCUGUGCACACACGUUAGCACAUUCGACCACCCUGUCCACUCAGUUUGAACAUCUUCAGGUUGGAGAAAUUUCAGGAAAAGAAAAUUUAUUUGCAAAUAAAUUUCCAUGAUUAUUUAAAAGUUUACUAAAUCACCUACAAAAAAAUUGAAUUCAGACCAUUAUUAGCAGAGAUACAGAUUAUUGUAAUUCAUUAACAUUUUGGUUUAAAACUUGAAUGAAGUUUUAUAAUAAUUUGCUUUUACUUCGUCCAUUAAAAUUAGCAGAAAAACUGGAAAUGAUUCCUUCAUCUUACGUUAUGUUGAAUUGUUUAAUUUCUUUAUUUGGUCAUUUGUUCAAUAACCAAUAUUCUUUUCAAAUUGUUCGCAUAGGCCAACUAGUUAUAAAAAAUAUACAAAAAUGCAGUAUCUUCAAUAUAUAUGAGCAUAGUAAACAAUUUUUUUUUUAUUAUUUCUUUCAUUAACAAAAAAAAAUACAUAGUUGUACAUUUUUUAAUGGUGUACUGAAAUACACUCCUUGUUAUCAGUUUAAAAAGAAGGUUAUCUAAUCUUCAAAUUUAUCCACUCCCUCAUUCUACCCACAAUGGGGCAUAGUAUUUUUUAGUACAUGGAAGAAAAAAAAUUGACCGAAUGGAGUGUUACAAUUUUUUACUAAACUUAUUUAUAAUUACACUUUUUUGACUGAUCACUCUAACCAAUCUUCUCUUAAAUAUAUAUUUUUAUUUUAAUAUAUAUUAUAAUCAUUAAAUUACAUAUUUAUGUAUGGAUUUAUAGUUAAGUAGAAUUAUCUGGAUUCUGAGGAGACAGCACAGCACAGAUCCUGUUUUAUUGUUUCUUUUCCUUCUGCUCCUAAAUAAUAACCUAGCCAAUGAUAACUUCUUUAGAGUCUGAUAAGAGAAACAUAACUUAAAUGGCCUACAAUUAUAUGAAAAUAAAACAAAAUAGUAAGCGAAAAUUUCCAACAAAAUAAGAGUAUUUGCAUAGAAGAAAAAUCAUUCUUAAGAAUAGUCAAUGUCAAAUACAUUGGCUCCACAAUAACCUCAAUGAAGGAUGUCAAAAGAUUUUAGAGAAAUUCUUUAAAUGACAAAUGGAGUAAUCUGGACUCGUCAUAAAUACUGAGAAAGAAGAACUGCUUAUGAAAAUUGAAUGGAGAAGACUGGUUGAGGCAGGUCUGUAAAGCCAACAGAAAAAAAGUUUAUAUUUAUUGUAGGCGUUCCCAGACACACCCUAAUUCCGCUGUACCAAGUUUAAGUGGUUCUAACCUUCUCUCCUACAGCAAUAUUUUUAAUAUACAAUUUUUACCUCUUGAACACACAAAUCCAACCAAUCAAUAGUUAUACUUUAUCACAUAGCAUUGCUUUCUUUGUCAAAUUCUUUCUUGUUCAUGGCAUCCUUUUUUAGAACACCUUGCUUUAUCUACCUCCAAUGCCUCUUCCUUUAAACAUAAACUAUUUCUCCAUCUCCUUAUAACUCAUUCAAACAAGUUCAACCAAAUGAAAGUCUAAACUAUCAGAUCUGUCAGUAGCAUGACUGUUAUAAAGUAAGCUCUUGCCCCGUUUUAGGUCAGUUAUUUUGAUAAUAGCUCCAAAGCCCUGUUUCCUCAUCAUUCAUUUUUAAAAAAUCCAUAUGUAACCUUAAUGAUAUUAUUUGGCAUUCCAUGAUCAAUUAAUUAAUGGCAUCGACCCAUAGAUGUUGCCAUUUGGAGGGACCAAAUUGUAAUUAUAGUUUAAUUAAGUCAAAAAAUCUAAAAAAAAACAUAAGUGAUGUGAACCAUCCAUGCCUAAUCUAUAUAGAGCGCCUGUAAACUAGAACCAUUUUCAGCUGUUGAAGGAAAUAAUUUUUUAAGUAAAAAAUAUUCACAUGAUUUUAGUUUUACCAUAAAAAUGAAAUAACUAAUGAGUUAGGUUUAAAUUAGGUCUCUUAACAAAGAAAAAGAAAUUUUUGAAAUAUAUAUUUUUAUAAUUAAAAAUCAAGAAUUAUUUUAACAAGGUUAUUUGUCUCUCAGUCGCAAGAGUAUUAGAUCGUAAACCAACACACGUAAAAUCUAGAAUGUUAAUUUAUUAGUUUUACACAAUAUCCAUGAAAAUUUUAUUUUUUACACCUCCAGGUUUCAGGGUGGUUUUAUUCAGGAAUUAAGUAGAUAAAAAUAAAAUUAAUUUCCUAUGAAAAUUAACUUUUCUUCAAAUAUCAAACAAAGAUUUCCAUUUAAUACCCUUAAGAGACAAGAAAUAAGCAAAAACAUAUUAUAUUUAUACAGUAACAAACAUUUACACUUCAUUAAUUGGCUUACUGCUACUUUAUCACAGUAUAUUUUUAAUUUAUACAUAAUUAAAAUAGAAAAAAGCUUUAAAAUAAAAGGAUAAGCAUAAAAUAUAUUUACUCUCUUCUUAAAUUAUCGAGUCGAGCUUGCAAAUCUGCAUCUGCAUCUGUUGUCAUUCCACCAGUUGCUCCUGCAACAGGAGUGGCUGUUUUUCCUCCAGAGACAGAGAGGGAUGCAGUUGCCUGUGGUAAACCAGAUAAUUGAUCAUUCAAUUGAAGACCAAGUUCAUCCAGAACCUGUGAUACAAUAGCAUCACUUUCUUCUUCAUCAGCUUCAUCCUCCAUCGCAUCAUCUAUGGCAUCAUUCAUAAUUUCUUCUUUCAUAUCCAUUAUUUCAGAUUGUUUCUCGAAUUCCUGCAGAAUCUUUUGAAUUUGAGGCAGAUUAAGCUGCCGAUUCAUGUUCUGCAUCGCCUUGGAAACACCCUUCAUGGCUUGAGCCAUAGCAUUCUGUGAUCGAAGAGUUUGAAUUUUUAAAGAAACUGCUUGGAUGUUAGCUUUCAUAAUCAUAAACUUUUUUACAUACCUCCUUGUUCUCACAAGAUCUUUGGACAUAAUUUUGACAGACUCCAUCUGACCUUCUUUUGCCAUCUUUUUGAUAUCAGCAAUGAUUUUUUUUUCUUGUUGUUCCAUGCGUGCUUUUUCUCUGUCUAGGUCCCUUGUAGCUUUGUUUAAUGCUCUUUGAUUUUUCCUGAGCAUUUCUUCAGGAGUAAUUCUUUUUCCAAACAGCCACUCCAUUUUUGUGAUUUGUUUUCUCAAAUAGAUCAACUAAAGAAUUUCAACAAAAAGUUGAGGUUUCUAAAAGUACAGUUGAAAACACUAUGUACAGUAGGAAUCUUGAAGAAGGCAGAGUUAAUUCAAAAAGAUCGAAUUUGAACAACAUUCAACAAACAAUCUUACUCAAAAUUAAAUGGAAAAAAGGCUAAUAAAAGUAAAUUAAUCUUUUAAGGUCACAUAAAAUGACAAAUAUGAUAACAUAAACAAACCAUAUCACUUUAUGAAGAAACACUGUUAUCUAUAUGAAAGGUUUUAAAGGUU